AAAAGUAUUAUGAAUAAAUUAGAAAUGGUGAAGCGUGUGCGUAAAUGUGUGUUUUCAUCCACUCAUGGCGCGCAUUGAUCGGUGAUCGGCUGCAGAUGUUCAUCUCUCUGGGAAAGAAGGGAGCUUUUGUACUUUUAGUGGAAGCAAGCAGACGAGUUGACGAGCCAACUUCACGUCGCAGAGAAGCCUGAUGUGCUGCAGCUCGGCCACAGCAUUGGUGGAAUGCGCUUUUAGUCGCUCGCAGGGGGUGGAGUUAGAAAGUGAACGAACGCUGCCUACCAAACACACGGAGAGAGGAGGUGGGAAGGAGUGAAGAGAGACGGGUGGCCAGCGAUGGUUGUCGGAAAGAGUCUUGAAAGCUUCGUGAAACUGACUGGUUGGGCUUUUUUCAUUUUUUUUUUCUUUUCUGUUUCUUUUGGUCCUGCAGCUGACCGCAGAGCGCAGUGAGCAGGCGAGCUUUGCGCAUCACGGAUCCUUGGAAGGAUAACAAUCUCUGCAUCCGCGCGCAGAUUAAAGUCUUUAUCCGAGGAGGACUAACUCAAAUGUUUCCUUUUUACUGAUCGUUUUCACACCAACUCUUUCUUAAACGGACUGUUUUUCCUCCUCCCUGGACCAGACCGCCACGCUCCACUGGCGGUCUCAGGAGCAGCAGCUCCCCGUGUGAGAGAGAGGGCCAGCUCCUAACCCCCCCUAUCUGAAGCCCCGAGAUCUGUUCAGGAGGAGGGGGGAGGUUCGUGGUGUCUGGUUUAAUGUGGAAAAGGGAGGAGGGAGGGGUGGGUUCUUACUCACUGCACAUCACAAUAGACUUUUACAACACUUCCUAACUAACACCAGGUACAGUCCAUGAGUCUGAUCUCCAUCAAGCCUUUCUGUGCCUCCUCUCCUCCUGUUCUGCUAGGCUUUCGCUGGGAUGUGUGAGUUGCGUUAUUUGGUGGGGUGAAGGGGACCCGGACAGUGGCCGGAGAGACCAAAAGGGACCAAGGGCCAAGAGAAGGAGCCGGGAGCAUGGCUCUGGCAGCGCCGUCUCUCUGGGUGCUAACAAGUCUCACCUGGGUGACUGUGCUCCAGGUGUCAGCCAACAGACAUUCAGUUUACUGGAACAGUUCCAACAUACAUCUGCGCAGGGAGGGGUUCACCAUGCAGGUGAAUGUCAACGAUUACCUGGACAUCUACUGUCCCCACUACAACGACAGCCAGCGCAUGGUGGGCACCGGAGAGCAGUACGUCCUCUACAUGGUCAGUUACCGUGGCUACAGGAACUGUGACCCCCAGAUGGGCUUCAAGAGGUGGGAGUGCAACCGGCCGCACGCUCCCCACGCGCCCAUCAAGUUCUCGGAGAAGUUCCAGCGCUACAGCGCCUUCUCUCUGGGCUACGAGUUCCACGUCGGCCAUGAGUAUUACUACAUCUCCACGCCAACCCACCAUCAUGGGCGCAGCUGUCUUCGGCUACGAGUGUACGUCUGCUGCUCCACCGCAUCCGACGUGGACGAUGAACCAGAACCAACAGAGCCAGACUACACACUACGACCCGGCCUAAAGAUAGAUGAUAUUGAUGAAUUUAACCCUUUCAUCCCCAAGCUGGAGAAAAGUGUCAGCGGAAGCAGUCCGUCCAGGGACCGCCUUCUCCUCACCGUGACAAUGCUCUUUCUGGGCGCUCUCUUCAUCUCCUAGCAACGGCCGUUCCAUCAGCGUCACCAUGCCAACUAGCCUUGGGAAGGUGUACCCUAUCAGUGGGUGGGAGAGUAGGGAGUGGGUCUGGAGGAGAAGCGAGGAGAACUGAUUCUGAUAUAAGCAUUUUUUUUUUAAGCAACGCCCCGCGAAUGUUUGAGGACUGAGAGACCUUUGCACACUCAGUGACCCAGGCUGAGCUGUAUUUUGCAUUAAAGUCAGCCGGUUCUCACAGGUGCUGGGGUGACGUGUGUGUGACUGUGUGUUUGAGCGAGCCCAGAGGGGGAGCUUGUUGAAUCACACCACUUAAAGCAUUUAUACAAAAGGAGAUGGAGAGAAAAAAAAAAAGAAAUCCAACCUCCCAAUUGAAGACUUUCACUUAGAUCUUAUUGGCUGUAACAUUUCUUUAGGGCUAGUUGCCAUAGUUUCCUGCACCAAGACUGAACUGAAUAAGAAAAGUUUCAGAUGAACCAAACUGAUUUUGCCUUCUUGUUAUUGUUGGACUUAAACGCUGGGAACGUCUCAGCUUUACAGGAAAAGAAGACACCAGUUUGUGAACUAAACAAAGUCUGGGUAGGAGACUAGUAAUUAGCUGAUGCUUAAUACACAAAAACACACUAAGACGCCAAUUCUUAGUUGCCACUUUGCUGUGUCAUCCUCCUGCCACCGCUGGUCUGUGGACAAUAGGACUGGACGGGGUCGAGGAAGGAGAACAAAAAAGACGAGAGGGGAGGGCUUUCAAUGUGCCAUUGACCGAAACAGCGAGAGUUUGUUGGGUUUUACUUUUCUGUCCCGUUCAUUUCUGAGGUUAAUAAAGCACAUUAUGCUUAUGGAGCAGCCAUGGAAACACUCAGCAAUACGAUUUUGGAGAAGAGGAGCAAAAGAACACGGAGGGAGGACAAAGGCUGGACAGUCACCCACACAAGCAUCGCGUUUCUCCCUGGUCCGUGCAGGUCUGGCAGCCUGCUGCGCUAACCCCGCCCACCACCCCCCUCAGUAACUCAAACGUGAGAUGCCACAUGUAAAUGGUUUUCUGUUACUGUGUGUUUGUGUGUGAAAGCGAGAGAAAGGCUGUCCAAAUGUGUAUAAAUGGUCUAAUAGUUCAUCUCUCCAUCUUGUUUUAAAAAAUAUAUAUGCAAAAAUUGUUCAGAGAAAAAAAAGAAGGAAAUUUUAACAUCAACAAAAUAUCAGUAACUUCAGAAAAGCAUUUCCAUAGAAACCAGCACCUUAUUCUCCAUGGUUACCCCGCCCUGCCAGCCAGCGACGGACUCCACAAGGGCGCCGAGAACCAUCGUAGCUAAUAACAAUAAUGAAGGUGAUUCUAAUGUCCAUUAUAGGAGUGCGAGCUGACGGUUGGCCAAAAAUAAAAAAAUAAAAAAAAGGUCACUCAGGGCUCACCCACCGGCUCGUGAGGCGUUUAAGUACUCGUGUAAAUGUCACAAACUGACCAAGAAUGGAAUUUCAGUGUCUUGAAACGUGAUGUAAGCAUUUUUAUAAACUUGAAGCUGUUUCUGUUUUGACUUUUUCAGAUUUUUUUUUUUCUGAUGCUUUUGUUACAUUUGCUAAGCUAUAUGACAGAAUUAGGCUUCGAGAAGUGGAUUUUAUGGUGGGUUGAGCCAUAAGUAAUACUGGGCUGUUUCCACUCUCUUUGAGACAUUCUUUAGCAGCAGUAAUGGUAAAGCUAAUGUACUGUGCAGUACACAGAUUGAUCUCCUCCACCAUCAGUAGAUGUUAUUCCACCGCUAAAACUGUUGUAGAAGAAAAACUGGUCAUUUGUGUGAAGAAUAAGGUCUGAAUGGAUGAAAAAGAAAGAUGCUGAUCAUCUCAUCGUCAGUGUGUUGCUCCGUUUGGGGGAACUUUGGCUCCAGGUUUGAAUGUAGUUGCUCCUUUGAUAUGCACCACCAUGUCAAAUAUAUAUAUAUAUAUAUAUAUAUAUAUAUAUACCAGAUGGCAACAGCCCAACCUGGGAGCAGCAUCCUCUGAAGCUUUCAUUCACUCCACAAAAAUAAAAAACCUCAACAAAGCCCAGCUUUAAGACUUAACAGAUCUCAAUCCAGCGGAGAAUCCACAUCAUCAAGCCAUUAUUGGGCCUUUUCACAAGUAUUCAUGAAAAGAAAAUCCUAAAGAGAUGUUUUUUUUCUAAAUCAGUCCACUGUAAAAACACUUGUUGUCAUAUUUUGAAGUGUUUUUUGUUCAUCUUCAUGUUUUUUUAAGGUGUGUUUGUAAUCAUUUUUGACAGCCCAUGUAUAUAGAGAUCCAGAUUUAUGUUCUUCUGGUUCAGACAAGAGAUUGUGCUUCUAGAAAAGAGAACUACAGUAUGUGAUCCACCCCAGAUGUACGUGGUGGAGGAGGAGGGAAGAGGAACAAAGGUUAUAUCACUCCUCAAAAAAACAAAAACAACAAAAAAAAAAAAACGUUGCACUUAAGAACUUAGACACGAGAGCAGUGUGUGUGUGUGUGUGCGUGUGUGUGCCUGCUUGAGCGAGUGUGUUUAUCUCUUCACAUCUGCGUGCAGAACCUCCGUCUGUCUGAACAGGUCCCAGUCUCCUGUUUUUGUCUUUUUUCCACCGUGCUCGGGUGAGAAAGCGUGACCGAUUGUUGUCUAGCAAAACAGAAAAAAGAAGCAUUUAUUAGUGUUGGAAACAACAGUUACAAUCAUGUUUACUUUUGACUGGAAUGACUUUCGAUGAACUUGAACAAUUAACUGUAAAGCGAAUAAACCGUACCAGAGGUUAUAACGAUGAUAACAAAAAUAAUAAGCUUACAAAUGUUACUUUUAACA